UUAUGCUUACCCCGAAAAUUUUUGAAGUUGGACCAUAUAUAAUCAGGAAAACUGGCCAACAACAGAUAUUAUUUAAUCCGGCAUGGUCUCUUAAACAAGUCAAAUUGCUGAUGCAAAACAAUGUCUCAGAAAUACAACCAGCUUGUUCACCCUUUUUGCAAACUUCUUUUCAGGGUUGGACAACCUGGCUGCGACAGUGGAACCCUCCUAAAAACCGGGUGCAAAGAGACAUAACUGGUGUCGUGGGAACGGGACUGGGAAUCCUAAAUAGUAUUGAUUCAGAAGUAUUAAUGAAUAAAUUGUCCUCCACGACUAAAGAUUUAACCAAAAUACAGCAGCCACUGCAAUCGUCCUUAUCGGCCUUGGGAACACAUCAGUGGUUGCUAUCAAACAUUCUACCAAAUUGGGAAAAGAUAAAUGUAAAUGAUAGCAAAUUGAUAAUUGAUGCACUUAAUGCCACACAAAGCAACGUUUCCUUAGCUCUUAGCUGUAUCCAGGCCCAAUUAUGGAUGCAGUCAGUUGCUGCCUCAAUUAUAAGAGAAGGUGAAGAAGGCACUUUUCCUACUGAAAUUAGGAAAAUAGUCUGGGACAGUGCCACUGACUUUGAAAGAGAUUUCCAAUCCUGGUGGAAUUUGGUGAAUUUUACCUAUGACCCUAACACAAACACAGCCACAGCAUUUGUGUUGACCAUAAGAAAUGCCUCGGUGCAUUUGAUAUUCCCUAUCAUUGCACUAGGAUUAAAUCAUGACGGAGCCAUUUUCUAUCCCUCUGAACAUAGAGAAUGGGCCCGUCAAAUUAAUGACAAAUGGCAAACUGUCAAUUUAGAGUCCUGUACUAUCCGAGAACAACUAGGGUUUAUCUGUGAAGGUAAUGCAAUUAUAGCUCAAGAUAUCUGUUUAGACACAGAACAAAAUAUCUGUCAUUUCGACAUCCAUCCUAACGAGACUUCUGAAACAGUCCUUGUAUAUACAGGCAAUGGGUGUGCCUGCUUCAGAACCGCUUGUGAUACUGUAUUUAUAGAAAGUACAGUAGUAGAUACUAAAAAUCAUUCAAAUUUCUGUGCUUGAAACUUUACUAAAAUUGCAGGAUGUGAUUUUUCUUUUGUAGCUCCAGUUACUUCACAUGAACUUUUAGAAUCCAAUCUCACGUUGAUUCACAAGCUACUGCCUACUCCCAUUGGGAUGAACCUUACUCUGUAAUCUUGCUUAUUGUAAAUUGGAGAAUGAUGAAACGAUUAACAAAAUUAACAUCUAUAAUUAAUGCACACCACUUGGCCGACAUCCUUUACACUAUAGAUGUUCCCAGAACUGUAGACACAAGAAGAUUAUAAGGUUAGAAGAUAUGUUUUAUAUAAUUUUCUUUUAUGAUUUGUUUUAAUAAUUGUUUUAAUUAUUUUUUGUUUAUUGAUUAUAAAAUUGUACUGAGUAAUAUAGAUUAUUG